UUGAAUAUAAUAUAUCCCGGUUUACAAUAAUUGAAUUAUUAGAAAAGGGGAAAAAAUAAUAAAGUAAAAGAUUUAUCUUUUGGUUGAUCAGAAAAUUUUCACUAUAUCGGAAUUGAAAUCUAAUUUCACCAAUAAUUUUGGGGGCACACAAAUCAAAGUCUGCUUCGAUCAACGCAAAAUCCUAGAGGGAAUUUAUCAAGAUGAUCCCGGUUUGCCCUUUUGCUGGAGCUUCCAGACCCGAUGAUGCAACUCUUAAUAAACCUUAUGACGAAAAUAAACAACAGGCUCAGCCUAAAAAAGAGUCUGGAGAAGCUGCCACGGUGUCACCUAAGUGCCCCUUUGGAUAUGAUUCCACUCUUAAGAAACCUUGUGACGACCAAAAUAAACAACAGGAUGGCCAGGAGAGCAAGCCUAAACAAGACUCUGGAGAAUCUGCAACUGUGUCACCUAAGUGCCCCUUUGGAUAUGAUGGCCAGGAGAGCAAGCCUAAACAAGACUCUGGAGAAUCUGCGACAAUGUCACCUAAGUGCCCCUUUGGUUAUGAUUCUCAAGCAUUUAAACUGGGUCCUUUUAGCUGCAUGAUAUGUCAGGCACUUCUUUAUGAUAGCAGCAGAUGUGUGCCCUGUUCACAUGUAUUCUGCAAGGCAUGUCUCUCCCGCUUUAAGGACUGUCCAUUAUGUGGUGCUGAUAUUGAAAAGAUUGAGGCCGAUAUGAAUCUUCAGAAUGUUGUUGAUCGCUUUAUUGAAGGGCAUGCAAGGGUUAAGAGGUCUAAUAAUGAGCAAGAAGAUAUAGUGGAAAAGAAAACUGUUAUAUAUGAGGAUGCGUCUUUGGAGCGGGGAGCUUUCCUGGUUCAACAAGCCAUGCGGGCUUUUCGUGCCAAUAAUAUUGAUAGUGCAAAAUCAAGAUUUACUAUGUGUGCAGAUGACAUCCGAGAACAGCUUCAGAGAAUGGGGAAUACAUCAGAGUUGUGCUCACAGCUUGGAGCUGUUCUUGGUAUGCUUGGUGACUGCAGUCGAGCUACAGGAGAUGCUGUAUCUGCAGUUGCUUACUUUGAAGAGAGUGUCAAUUUCCUUUUGAAAGUACCCAAAGAUGAUGUAGAGAUCACACAUACACUUUCUGUUUCACUAAACAAAAUUGGAGAUCUUAAAUACUAUGCCGGUGAUUUGCAAGCUGCUAGAUCACAUUAUUUUCGGGCGUUGGAUGUUCGCCGCAAUGCCAUCAAGCAACAGUCUGUGCCAUCUCAGAUAGUCGAUGUGGCCAUUUCCUUAGCCAAAGUUGCUGAUAUUGAUCGAAAUCUCGGUGAUGAGGAUACCGCAGUUGAAGGAUUUCAAGAAGGCAUAAAGUUACUGCAAUCCCUUGAACUAAAACCUGAAGAAGUUAGCCUUGAACAACGGCGGCUAUCAGUGCUCGAGUUCCUCAACAGCCAACUUGAAAAGAAAGAAACUUGACUCAGCUGCCCGAAUGAAGUCUUUACCUACAUAGUUAAGGACGAAUAAGAACAAUGUGUGUUAUCAUAUAGUUUGGUGUAAACACUAGAUGCUCGGUUCAGAGGCAACCUCAGAUAAACUUCGGUGUAAUCGCCGUAGAAUAAGUGAGAUUUUCAAAAGUAAUAUGC